AUCAAUUACACAAAGCAAAAAUGUUUCAGCUUUUGGUAGAUGUAGGUCCUUAUUGCCUUUGUUUAUACGCAGUUUUAGGCCUUGGGGCCAUGGCUUUUGUUAUGAGCCAGUUGCAGAAGAUGUUUCAGCAGCAGCAGCUUAAUUGGAAAUAUUCCAUGACUGAUAAUAUUCCACCUGGUAGUCUCGGAUUGCCAUUUAUCGGCGAAACUAUACAGUUUAUGGCUGCCAUCAACAGUGACAAAGGCUUCUAUGAUUUCGUUCGUGAACGAAGUCUAAGAUAUGGGAAUUGCUUCAAAACCAACAUAUUCGGGGAGACUCAUGUAUUUGUGAGGAGCACUGGAUCGGCUAAAACAAUACUAAACAAUGAGUUGGGGAGAUUCACCAAGAGGUACAUCAAGUCAAUUGCAGAGCUAGUGGGGAAUCGAAGCUUGCUCUGUGCUUCUCCCCACCAUCAUAAACAGCUCCGUGCCAGUCUUGUCAAUUUGUUCUCCUCCAACUCCAUAUCCUCGUUGGUUAAACAGUUCGAUCAGCUGAUCUUCGAUGCUCUUAGUGGCUGGGAAGAUGGUGCCACUGUCAUUGUACUUGAUGAAGCUCUUAAGAUAACCUUCAAAGCAAUGUGCAAAAUGUUGCUGAGUUUGGAGAGUGGAGCAGAGCUAGAGUUAUUGCAGGAGGAUGUGGGUCAAGUUUGUAAGGCGAUGCUUGCAUUCCCUUUGACGUUUCCUUGUACAAGAUUCUACAAGGGCCUUCAGGCUAGAAAAAGAAUCAUGAGCACAUUGGAGAAGAUCAUUAGUAGAAGAAGAGGCUUAGACUCGGAUUUCGAAGACUUCCUUCAACGUCUCUUGGCAGAGGAUGAUGCUUCUUGUUCUCAAGGAAUGCAUAGACUAACAGAUGAGGAGAUCCAAGACAAUAUAAUGACCAUGAUUAUUGCAGGCCAAGAUACAACAGCAAGUGCCAUCACUUGGAUGGUGAAGUAUCUAGGGGAAAAUGAAGAGGCCCUUGACGCAAUCAAACAGGCUGAGCAACUUCAACUUGCAGCAAAAAAAUCAUUUCUCUCUCUGGAUGAUCUUAAUGAAAUGCCCUAUGCUUCUAAGGUGGUUAAAGAGUCGCUGAGAGUGGCAUCCGUUGUACCAUGGUUCCCAAGACUUGUGCUUGAAGACUGUGAGAUUGAAGGAUACAAGAUAAAGAAAGGGUGGAAUGUGAACAUUGAUUCCAGAGCAAUACACCUUGAUCCAACGGUCUAUGAUGAACCCCUAAAAUUCAAUCCUUCAAGGUUUGAUGACGAAAUUUGUUGUAAGCCUUACAGCUUCCUAGCAUUUGGGAUGGGAGCAAGGACUUGCUUGGGAAUCAACAUGGCUAAAGCCAUGAUGCUCGUCUUUCUCCACCGUCUACUAACCACCUACAAGUGGAGGGUGAUCGACUCUGAUUCAAGUACUGAGAAAUGGGCACUGUUUUCAAGAUUAAGGAGUGGCUGCCCUGUGCAAGUGACACGUAUUAGCAAUAUAGAAUAAUAUUCAUUAGAAAUAAUUAAAUACUAAAAUAAGGAGUCGAUUACUCUCCAAGAAGGGAAAUGACAAUCAGAUUUGUUUAUAUGCUCCUAUAACUCUAGAGAUGAAAGCAGGUUAGGCAAAAAUUUUGCCUAAUUCUUACCGGUCUACUAUGUAAGUGUUGUUUUGUCUAAGAAUAAAACAGACCAAUGCCUGCUGGUGUAAAAUCAAAAUGUACAAAAGGAAA